GGUUACUGGCUUGUGCAGUCUCUCCUGGAUGUGACUGCAUCAAACCGCAGGAACCCGUCGCAAAUAAGGGGAGACAUAGAGACACUUGCUCUAGACUGUCGAGAGACUGACCUCUGAAGAGAGAGAGGUGGCGAGCAAAAGGAGGAGAGAGAGAGAGAGACACCGCCAGUGCAGGAGAUGUCUAUGAUCGAGUGACGGUCUCCGCAGAGCUGUGGAUGGGCGCUGUCUCCAGUACUGAUCCCUGCCUUCUGUAGGACUAUAUAUUUCCUGCUGUCUCUCCGUCUACAUUCGGAGCGCUCUGUCUCUCUAGAGGCCUGGACUGUCCACUUCUCCCUGUCCCCAGGGUGUGUCUGUGUAUGAUCCGCUCCCAGUCCAUCUCUUCUCUGUCUGAAGAUGGCGGAUCGAGCUGAGAUGUUUUCUCUCUCCACUUUCCACUCCCUCUCCCCACCAGGCUGCAGGCCAUCACAAGACAUCAGUUUGGAGGAAUUUGAUGAUGAAGAUUUAUCAGAAAUCACAGAUGACUGUGGAAUCGGGCUGAACUAUGACUCAGACCAUUGUGAUAAGGAGGGUCUUGGGUUUGAACGGUGUGAUCCAUCCCACGUUUUGUGUAGUUUCCAGGAGGAUUUUCAGGAAUUUGAGAUGAUUGAUGAGGAUGAGGAUGAUGAAGAAGAGGAAGAAGAGGAGGAGGAGGAAAUUGCAGUCCAAGAAAACAGGAAGCAACUGGAGGCACCACCUGCCCCAAGUCCCUCACCUCACUCACAUGAGGAUACCCUUAAAAAUAGACCUAGCACCCUCAGACUGUCUGCUCCUCGAACACAGGAUACACUUAAUAACAACAGUGGGUUCAUUUCUCAGAGAGACAGCUGGGAAGAUCCCGAGAGGAAUGAAACAGGGUUGGUAUCUCAUCCCCAAGUUUCCCAGUCAGAGCUAGACAAGCACAAAGGCUCAGAAAGCGACAUCACUGGGACAGAGAUGGGCAAGCCAGAGGGAAGUGAUGUUCCCCAGAUUCAGCCUGCUGGUUUCCAUCAAUCUGUUCAUGUGGGUCAGUGGCAAGAAGAAGUAUCUAGGGUUACUACACCACCCCAAGAGCACCAUGCUGAUGUAAGCCCAGACAGGAGAGCAGGCACACGUGCACAUCUUUCUAAUUCCUCCAAUGAAACAACAUCUCCAUCUUCAGAUCCUGGAAUUGAGGCUGAUUUAACCAGUCAUGGUCGCUUUAUGUCAACUGGACACUGCAGCCAGGACCUGAGCUCUCCAGGUUCUGACUCAGAUGUAGAAGGGGAGAUUGAAGCAGCUUUUGCCUGUGACGGAGGAAGGCUGGUGGGAAACAUGAUCUCUUCUAUUUCAGAGACAGAAUUGGAUCUCAGUAGUGAUUCAAGCAGUGGCAGAUCUUCUCACCUCACCAACUCUAUCGAAGAGGCGAGCUCUCCCACGUCUGACCCUGAGCAAGACCAUGUGUGUGAGGGGGAUGGUGGACGACAAGGCAUCAAGGACUCUAUUCUCUUGGAUAAAGAGGAAGAGAAUGAUCCAGUUGUGGUGGAGUCAGAGAAAGAAUACAGUCCCUGGAAUGUAGAUGAAGCACCACUCCAAGAAGAACCAGAUGUCAAUAAAGAGCGGAGUCUUGAAAGCAUCCGCCGAUCAUUUUAUUUGCCAGUUGGCCCCAAGUUAAUGCCUGAAACAGAAACAAACAGUGAGUAUGACUCUGAUUCUGAGUCAGAGGCUGACUUGAGUGAGGAUUCUGACUCUCCUUGGCUACUCAGCAACCUCGUAAACAAAAUGAUAUCUGAAGGCUCAUAUCCAAUUACCUGUCCAGAUGAGUGUUUCCAGAGGCAAACAAGCCCAUCUUGUGACACACUUUCUCCUGCAUCUGAGUUGGAUCCUGAGAACAUUGAGCCAGAACUGGAGGCUGAAUUAGCCAGUCCCAAAGAUCAUUCGGAAGAAUUGAGCCCAAUACAGCAAAGCAUUGAACUGGUAGAUAUGGAAACUUUGCAGAGUUCUAUGGGCCACACAGACAAAGAAGCUGGCCCAGGUUUGUAUCUUGUGCAUGAUUCACGUGACACUGUCACUCCAAUCUUUGAAGGACUUCCUCUUCACUUAGAAGGAUUAUCGCACACAACUAAAUGUCACCCUCAGUCUCCAAGAAAGAGAGUAGAACAGAAACAAUGGCCUAGAACAGAGGAACUGCAGCAUGAUCUAGUGGAGGGCUGGGAUAUUGACCGUGAUCUGGACUCUGGCAUCCUGGAGGAUAAUGACCUUUGUGAUGAUAUCUGCCAGGAAACUGAUCAAACCAAAGCAACACUUGACAUAUCCACAGCCAAAACCAACCAUGGUUUUAACUUAGACUAUUCUUGUGAGGAAGAUGAGGAUAUCACUUACUACAGAAGCUUAAAAAGCUCCCCAUAUCAAGGCUGUCAUGAUGAUGAAACAUUCAUGGGCCCACCAACCAAUGAGGCUCGACAUCUAGAUGAUUCUCUGGCUUAUGAUUCAAUGAAGUACACACUGGUAGUAGAUGAGCACACUCAAUUAGAGCUAGUUAGUCUACAGAGAUGCACAUCCAUUUUGAGUGAUGGCAGUGACCUGUUGAGGGCCGGAGAAACUGGUGACUUAGAAGAGGAUGAAUUUGGGGAUGAAAUUGAAGCUCAGGAGCAGGAGUCCUCAUCAGGGGACUCCACCCCAGAACCUAACAUGCCUUUCUCCAAGAAAUUUCUCAAUGUUUUUGUGAACAGCACAUCAAGAUCUUCAAGUACUGAGUCUUUUGGGCUCUUUUCCUGUGUACUUAAUGGGGAAGAGCGAGAGCAGACACACAGAGCUGUGUUCAGGUUUAUCCCUCGUCAUGAAGAUGAACUGGAGCUAGAUGUUGAUGAUCCCCUGCUGGUGGAGUGUGAAGAUGGUUCGUGGUGCAGAGGAUAUAAUAUGAGGACUGGAGAGAGAGGAAUCUUCCCUUCUUUCUAUGCACAUGAGGUUGUCUGUCCUGUGAAAGAGAAUGUUGUUAUCAGGGGUAACUCCCCUUGGGUCCAGGUAUUUGAUGUCCAGUUUCUGGGAUCAGUGGAAGUUCCGCAUCAUCAAGGCAAUGGCAUCUUGUGUGCAGCUAUGCAAAAGAUUGCAACUGCAAGGAAGUUAACUGUACAUCUGCGACCGCCUGCCAGCUGCGAGCUGGAGAUCUCACUGCGAGGUGUCAAACUCAUCCUGAGAGGCAAUGACCGACCAGAGGAUGAACGCUGCAGUCAUUUUUUCCAAAUGAAGAAUAUUUCCUUCUGUGGAUGCCAUCCACGCAACAGCUGUUAUUUUGGCUUCAUCACAAAACAUCCUGUUCUGAGUCGCUUCGCCUGCCACGUCUUUGUUUCACAGGACUCCAUGCGACGUGUGGCAGAAUGUAUCGGGAGGGCAUUCCAAGAAUUCUAUCAGGAACAUGUGGAGUUCAGUUGCCCCACAGAGGAUAUUUAUCUGGAGUGACCGGGAGUUGUAGAUAUGUAGAGGGGUUCCAGGGGUAUAUAGACAAAUCCCAGCAUCAUCAUCACUCAGCCAGGACACAGGGGCAGUGAGCCUGCAUGAACCCUGACCUCAGACUCUCUACCCAUAAAGCCUUUUGUAGGAAUAAUAUUAUUUAAGUGGUAUGGAUAUUACACCUUAACCCCUUCCUGCUGCAGAAUAUUGUAGAUUAGCUACUUUCCUAUCAACACACUAAUGCUGUUAAAACCACAAUCCCCUACAUGCUGUAGAGCACCUUGCAUUACUUUAUCUUUCCAAUAAAAUGCAGACCAUCUCACAUCAAUCCC